AUGGUCGACGACACCCUCCUCGAACCCAACGGACUCACCUUCUCCCCGGACAACAAAACCGUCUAUCUAACCGACACAGGCGCCGGCUCCGCAAUCAUCGACCCCAACAUCUACCCAGCACCGCACAUCGCCUACAACUCCACGCGCAAAGGCCGCACCAUCUACGCGUACGACGUGGCGCCGUCCCGCAAGGCAUUGCUGAAUAAACGCCCCGUGUACUUGUCCAUGGAGUAUGCGCCGGAUGGAAUCAAGACUUCCCGGGAAGGGUAUUUGGUGUCGGCGACGGGGAAGGGGGUGGUUGUUUUGACGGAUGAGGGGGAGCCGUUGGUGAGGGUGCAGACUAAUUUCACGGUGAUUAAUAUUGCGUUUGCCGGGGCGGAGAGGGAUGAGCUUUGGGCUAUUGGGAAGGGGGGUGUGGCGAGGAUUAGGUGGGGGUUGAAGGGGUCUUAUGCUUGA